AUGCCUCCGAAAGUAUGGAAUCCGUCGUGUUUGUAUGUUUACGGUUUCAUUGGCGCCCAAGUCGGAAAAUUGCCUUUUCUGGAAAUUUCGCAAAGUGUCACAGCUUUUGGCAGAACUAUGAUUGAGAAAACAAGAGAGGAUGUGGAGUCUAAAUUUCGCGUCGAGAAUGGCUAUGCCCAUGACGCCAAAGUAAUCUAUGGUAACACAGAUUCCGUAAUGGUGUUAUUCGGUGUACCCACGGUGGCCGAAGCCAUGGAAUUAGGCCGAGAAGCUGCCGCAUUUGUGUUGGCAAAAUUUGUCAAACCCAUUCAUUUGGAAUUGGGAAAAGUCUAUUACUCCUAUUUAUUGAUCAACAAAAAGAGGUAUGCAGGAUUGUAUUGGACCAAACCUGAAAAGUUUGACAAAGUGGAUUGUAAGGAUAUAGAAACCGUUCGUGAUAAUUGUCAACUCGUUGCCAAUCUUAUCAAUAGCUGUCUGCAGAAAAUUUUGAUGGAGCGAGGCCCAGAUGGAGCCUUAGAAUACGCCAAACAAACAAUUUCCGACUUGUUGUGCAACAAAGUCGAUAUCUCACUCCUGGUGAUUACCAAGGUAGAGCGUAACUAUGUUUUGGAAUACUGUGAUUUUAUCCGUUUGCCUUCUUUUAUAAAAAAGGACUACGCCAGCAAACAGGCACAUGUGGAAGGAGCUCACAAGAUGCGUAAGCGAGAUGCUGGUACAACCCCAAAAUUAGGGGAUCGAGUUCCGUAUAUCAUUAUCGCAGCUGCAGCCUACCUCAAGGCGGAAGACCCGAUUUUUGUCCUGGAACACAGCGUACCUAUUGAUGCCCAAUACUAUUUGGAAAAUCAGCUUUCAAAACCCCUUGUUUGGAUUUUUGAACCCAUACUUGGAUCUAAAGCGGAAUCAUUGUUGCUACAUGGUUACCAUACCCGUACGCCUUCAGUUUUUACUUCAAAAAUUGGUGGAUUGGCUAGCUUUACCACACGCAAAUCCACCUGUGUUGGAUGCAAAACCGUCCUUCCAGACGAUAGUGCUGUAUGCAAAUUUUGCAAGGCGAAAGAAUCGGAGUUCUACCCGAGGGAAAUUGUCGAACCUUAUGCUCUCGAAGAGAAGUUUAAUCGUUUAUGGACAGAAUGUCAACGGUGCCAGGAAAAUCUCAACGAAGAGAUUCUUUGUUCCAACCGAGAUUGCCCCAUCUUUUAUAUGAUGACAAAAGGUAGAAAAGAUCUCACGGAACAGCAUAAACUUAUGAAAAGAUUCGGCCUACCCUGACAACCUUCCGCUCUCGUCAAUGAUGG